GCUUCAGACUUACAGCUUGUCCUCUGACACUGGAGACUCCUUCCAUAAAUCUUAAAUACUUAAACAGUUCCACCAACGAUUAAUGCCUAUUUAAAGCAAUCUGUGCAUUGUUUAUGUGCUGUACACGUCCCUGUGAACCAGCUGUUACCAUGGAAACCAUGACGUACCUUUCUCCUUGCUUUUCCGCGUCUGCUGUGAUUUAUCUCCGGAUCUUUUUGUUAUGAUUGUUCGUCCCGUCUCUGUCCUUCUGCACAUCUCUCUGUUAUACUAGAAAAUGUGUCAUCAUUGGUGUGUGUAUGUGUGUGUGUGUGUGUGUGUGUGUGUGUUUAACAGCAUUCUUUUUAAAACUCUUUUUGUUUUGUUAUUGGAGUGUCCUAUAAAUCUCCAUGUUUAUUCCACAGCUGCUGCUGGAGUCCGUGUAGGAAUUUCUUUCUGCAUCGUUAUUCUGUUCCCUGUUUUUUUUUGUUGUGGUUUAAAGCCAGCUUUACGCCGAGCAAUUGGUAUCAUUUUGCUGCAACUGCAACAGACAAAACUCACAGUGUAAAAAUAAUUCUUUUCUCGUGAGAGUCUUAAGUCUAAAAUGUCUCGUUGGCUGUUUGGACGAGUCUGUAAUCAGAGCAGGAGGUCAAACACCAUUACAUCACUUUGUGGUUAUCAGUCCCAUACAAACGAUUGGCAAACUGCAGUUCUGACACUUAUUUGUUAUUAAACAGAAACCUAUUUAGUUUUUUUAUGUCACUAAUAUCAACUGUUUUUUCUCCAUUAGCUGAAAAAAGUGCAUUUUGGAUGAAGAUGUUCAGCAUGGUCUCUAAUAAACCGUAUGUACAAACGUCCCAGUGGCGAGCUCUAUAUGUGUGUGUAAUGUUAACCAGGUCAGACACACACACUAACAAAUUUGAAACUUUCUCAAAGGAGGAAAAUCAAUUCGAGGCGAAAACAUCAGCCAAAACACUAUUAAUGUGAGAUAGAGGGGAAGGGGCGGGGCUUAGAGGGAGUGUUCACACCUACGCAGGUGUUUGAUGCUUUUAUUUCAGACUCGGGUGUGGUUGUUAAGGUCGCGCUACGACGAUGUGGGACGUGUGGGACGUGUGGGACAUUACCUGAAGUUCACUUUGCAAGAGGAAAAGCGUCAACAUGGCCACGCGCUUCCUGUUCCUCUUCGACUUUGAUGAGACGUUGAUCGCGGAGAACAGCGAUGACGCGGUGGUCCGAGCCGCUCCGCUACAGAAGCUCCCCGAGACCCUGAGGACGAGUUUCAACCCUAGUUUCUUCUUCGAACAAUCGCAGAUGAUACUGACUUUCCUGAAGGAUUGCGGCGUCACCGAGGACGCUAUCCGGACCGAGAUCGAGCGGAUCCCGGCCUCCCCGGGCGUAGCGGCGCUUCUCGACUUCCUGUCGACGCGGGAUGACUUCGAGUGCGUCGUUGUCUCGGACGCUAACUCGUACUUUAUCGAGACCUGGCUACGGCACGCCGGCGCUCGCAAACUUUUCACCAAGGUUUUCACCAACCAGGCGGAAUUUGACACGGACGGAGGUCUCGUCCUGCACCCGUUCCACUCCCACUCGUGCCCCAAGUGCCCGGAAAACAUGUGCAAGCAGGUCAUCCUGAGAGACUACGUGAGCAAACGGGUGAAGGAGCGAGGAGAACCUUUCCAGAAGGUUUUUUAUGUAGGGGACGGAAAAAAUGACGUCUGUCCCACGUUAGCAUUGGGACCCAAUGAUACGGUUUUUCCCAGAAGAGGUUUCCCCAUGCACAGGAUCAUUCAGGAUCUGCAAGAAACGCGGUCGGGUGCGUACAAACCCGCGGUGGUGCCCUGGGGACACGGCGAAGACAUAGUGGACUUCCUUAAAAACGUCUUGCAGGAGCAGUAAAGCUCGGUGUUGGAAAAGGAUGAAGAGUGAGUGAGUUUUAAAACAGAAGGAGGAUGGACAGAGAUCAAAUUACAGACAGAUACCGAAUACACAGAGCAACACCUGAGACAUGAUUAGCCUUGCAUGAGCCUCGCUAGGACACGCUGCCAGAACGCAAAGAGGAAGGACAGCGAGUGUGUCCAGGCUGAGUGACACGCCCGUAACUGACCAAUCCAUUAGGCCAAUGCAUAGACAACAACACACACACGCACAUACACACACAUCUCUGUGUUUAGACCAGCCUCUUAUGUAUGCUCAUGGUCAGUGUUGUGAGGUGUUCCUGUGCACUGGGUGAUCUGAAAAAGAUCUUAAACAUCAGAAGUGUGGCUGAAAAAAAAAAGCCUUUCUGUCAGCCACACUUCUGAUGUUUAAGAUCUAUUUUAGAUCUCCCAGCGACUGCAAAAAGCCAAUGGCGUGUUACAGACGAGAUACAGACGUGUUACAGACGUGAUACAGACGUGAUACAGUCGUGAUACAGACGUGUUACAGUCGUGAUACAGACGUGAUACAGUCGUGAUACAGUCGUGAUACAGACGUGAUACAGUCGUGAUACAGACGUGAUACAGUCGUGAUACAGACGUGUUACAGACGUGAUACAGACGUGAUACAGUCGUGAUACAGACGUGUUACAGACGUGUUACAGACGUGAUACAGUCGUGAUACAGUCGUGAUACAGACGUGAUACA